AUGAUUCGAGAAUUCGGAGGUAAAUUGACUCUCUAUCGAGGUGCAACACUGUUAUUAUCGGAGUUGGAAAUGUUAACACGAAAUGCAAACAAUCUCAUUUCUACGAAUGGCUUUCUAUCGACAAGUCGUUCGCGUAAUGUUGCUGAAAUGUUUGUUGGCAAGUCAAAUUGUCGUACAAGUGCAGUGUCUGUUCUUUUUGAGAUCGAGUGCGACGUGGACUCACUUAGUAGUGCCGUUACUUUUGCCGAUUGUUCUUACCUGAGUAGCGUAAGAGACGAAGACGAAAUUAUUUUUGAUCUAGGAGUAACGUUUCGUAUUGAUGCUGUUGUCCCACCACAAGAUUCUACAUCCGCCAACAGAUAUUUGAUAAGAAUGCAUGCCACAACUGAAGGUAAUGAGAUCGCGCGUGAAUACAUCAAUGAAACUCGUAUAAGUGUAACGACCACGAGCGUGCGGGUAAUCUUCGGUAAGCUUCUAAUGGAUAUGGGUCAAUAUGACAAGGCACUCUGCUAUUUUCAAAAAUUGAUUCAAGAAUCCGAGUUCGAUGAUCUCGUUUGGUCGUAUAUUAAUUUGGGAAGUGUUUAUCAAGGUUUGGGUCAAUAUAACGAUGCAAAAUUACAGUACGAGAUAGCCUACAACUUGUGUGCUGAGAGCGAACCCCCACGUUAUCGAGAUGCUGCCAGUAUAAUUGAUAACUUGGGCGUCAUUUGUGAUGAUAUGGGUAGACUUGAUGAAGCACUUGAGUGCCACAAGUUUGCUUAUAAGCUAAGAAUGAUGGUAUUGGGUCCUGAUCAUACAGACACCGGCACAAGUCUCAUAAAUAUCGGUUCAAUUUACUACUCAAAAUGUUAUUAUGAACAUGCACUGAAUUGUUAUCUUCGUGCUCUAGAAAUCAAACAGGAAUGGUUGCCACCGAGCCAUCCAGAUACUGCCGACGUCCUUUCCAAUAUUGGACUAGUUUAUCUAUGUAUCUGCGAUUAUGAAGGUGCAUUAGAAUAUCUUCAGGAAGCAUUAACAAUGAAAGAACAAUGUCUUCCGGCCAAUCACAUAUCCAUUGCCAACUCGCUCAACAACCUGGGCGGAGUUUAUUAUAAACUGGGUGAUCAUGACAAAGCGCUGGAUUACUUUUCAAGAGCGUUGAAAAUAAAUGAGGCUCGUGUCUCACCAAAUCAUAAGGGCAUUGCUUCAUGCCUUGAAAACAUAGGCAACGUAUAUCUUGGCAAAAGCGAAUAUGAACAAGCACUUGAAUUCAAGUUACGAGCACUGCAAAUUCGAGAGUCCACAUUACCUGAUAAUCAUUCAGAUAUGGCUAAUAGUCUAUUGAAUAUCUCGAGAACAUAUUUCGGCAAGAAAGAUUAUGAUCAUGCACUGGAGUAUGCAAGGCGAGCAUUAGUCAUGUGGCAAGGCUUGAGCAGCGUUGACUUGGCUAAUAUCGGAAGUACCCUAGAAUUACUGGGUGAUAUCUAUCGGGAACAGAAAGAUUAUGUUCACUCACUUGAAUUUCACUUAAAAGCUCUUCAAAAUCAAGAAAAAAGUUUGCCUGUCGGUCAUCAAACUAUCGCAAACAGCUUAUACAAAAUUGGUUCUUUGCAUGAAACUUUGGAUAAUAUGAAUGAUGCUCUUGACUAUUACGUCAGCGCCUUGACCAUCUAUAGUGAAUGUUUAUCUGAUGACCAUCCUACCAGAAAAAUCAUACAAAGGCGCAUUACUCGAAUGAAUCUCUUGAGUAAUUGUACACAGCAGAAAAAAAUUUCGAGAUCUGCAAGUGAAAUACAAAUAUCAUCCGUAAUUGUCUGUAUUCCAAAUACAAAGCGAAGAAAAAGUUUCGGAUAAGCACACAAAUAUUACUUUUUAUUACUUCUGUAUUUUAAAAAGCUUCCCAGUUUAUUUUUAAUCGAAAAUUAGGUUAUUUGUUGAUUUAGCAGUUGUCUGAUAUUCGUUACACUUCUGAGAGAUACUUCAUUUGAGAGGGUGUGGAUAUGGGUGUGGAUGUGAGUGAAGAGAAUAUUAAUAUUCACAUCCACAUCCUCCUGACGCCAAUUUUCGCAACACAACGUUGUGCCGAAAGGCACAUUGAAUAUACGUUUGAUAUCGACGACUUUUACUUUAUUAUGACGGAUAUUUCAUAUAAUGUUUCAGCUUUGUAUUAGGAAACACAUUUGCGCUUUUAUCGGAUUAUUUGUUGACUCAUGUUUGUUUUCAUAUGCUUGUCGAUGAUGACAGAGACUGCUUCUGAUAACAUGAUUAUGGCCUCUGCAAUUCAUUUUAAGUAAAUGAGAUACCGUAUUUUACCAACAGAAGUUGUUCCACAAAGUAUUCUGCUCAAUUCAUCUUAUGAACAGCUGGAUCCCAAUGGGUGUCUUAUUUCCGAAUAGAAUAUAUUCCAUGAAUCGAUCAAUUACAUAUCUGAGUAAGGUUUGCGGUAUGAUUACCUGUAACUAAAACGAAGAAUGGAUGAAUACUGGUCACCAUAUAGUUAUGAAGUAGGUGGUGUGGGUGUCGGACAUCACUUAAUUAGUCACGCCAAUAUCAUGUGGGCGAUUACUCUCAUUUAACAUUCACCUCACUCAAGCCAACAUCCAUUCAUCGACUCACACGCACUAAUAGGACUUGCAAUCUUUCGACCUGAAAUAUGGCUGCAUCCGCCAAAGUGAUAUUGUUAAAAAUGACAAGUUUUAACUUAUAAGAAGCACUCAUAGUGCGUAGCAUCCAUGGUAACUUCGUCUCUAAUGGUCUUAUCGCACAUAAAGGUACGAAUUCUUCUCUUUCCUUUCGCUUUCGCUACCAGCCGUUUUCUUUUCACGACUGAAGAUCAGUGGUAAAGUGCAGUUUGAUAAGAAAGAAAAAAAUCAAGUAACAUAAAAGGUAGAUAGACAAAUGUCUCAUUUGACUCUUCUGUUCGAAAAGAAAUAUUUACAUGUGCCGAUUCAAAAUAGUGAUAGAAAUUGGCAAGUGAUUGGACAUAGGAGAUCUCAUGAUUGCAAAUACAACCAUAUGUAAAAACUAUUAUCAACUAUCAAGUUACAAAUCACACUGGGGAAAUUCUGUUCGAAUUUGUGACUGAAAAAGUGCGACUAAUUGUUUUUCUCGUUGUCUUCACUGAUACGCUGACAACUGGAAUAAGAGCUAGAGCGCAGUUGUGAGUAUCUGGAAUUAAUUAUAAUACAGGUAUUAUGGUAGACGUGGCAGAAAUUCGAGGAGAACAGUUCAUAGAUUUUGCAAGCACUAAUAGGGAAUAUGAUGACUGAAGGACGACAUGUUCAUUAUAUAGUAUACAGAUACGUGUGUAUAGGUACUGUUCGAGAAAAAUACGAUUUAUCAUCUACUUCAUCUGCAGCCGAACCAGUAUCUCUCACGAAUACGAUAACAAAUACACUUCACAAGAUGGUAAAUUAAGUAUGUUCCAGUUAUUUUUAUUGAUCUUCUUGCUUUUUGUACGCGUGAUCUGAAUCCUAAGUAAUCCUUACAUUUACAUAAACGCAGUCGCAAACGAUGGGAUGCCUGCAUACAUUGAAGACAGAUUCACACAUUAUUCAAGGGAAUACAAGCACUAAAUCGUCCUAAGUUUCUAAAUCUCGCAAAUAGUGACCUGCGUGACCACGAUUUUUUAGUCACGGUCACGAUAUAGUCACGAACUACUUAGUCACGGUCACGAUAUAGUCACGAACUACUUAGUCAUGGUCACGAUAUAGUCACGAACUACUUAGUCACGGUCACGGUCACGGUCACGCUUUCUACAUUUUCCAUAUCCUCACCAAGGGGGGAGGGUAGCUUUCAACAUCUCUCAUAUCCUGACCAAGUGGGGGAUAGCUUUCAACAUCCUCCAUAUUCUAUCCAAGGGAAUACUUUUGCGGGUGUGGGUGAGUAUGGGUGUGGGUGUAAGCGUGUGGGUGUGGGUGUGGGUGUGGGGGUGGGUGUGGGGGUGGGUGUGGGUGUGGGUGUGGG